CUCUCACAGCAUCCGCAUCUCGCGGCCAUCGGGACCAGGAGCACAUCUUGAUCUGAGCAUCCAUUCCACAGCUGCCCAGCACCGUCUGCACACCGCGCACUCCUGCCCAGUUUAUCAUCUUUCCGCCUUUUUCCCCCCUUUUCUCUCCCGUCUCUUUGGAGGAUCCAGGAUUAUUUUCUUUGUUGCAAUUACUUUGAUCGAGAUGGUUUAAUAUUUUUAGACGCAUCAUUCUAAGGAAGACCAUCGCCUUUUGAAUCAUUUAGCUGGAGAUCUGGAGGUGCAGGUCGUCCAGGUGAUAAAAAUCCUCUCAAAGAGCUCAGAUCUCUGACGCUGAAGCUCCUGGACGCCUCCCAGCUGCCACCAUGGGAACCGUUCUGUCUCUGUCCCCCAGCUACCGGAAGGCGGCUCUCUUCGAAGACGGCUCUGCUACUGUGGGUCACUACACCGCCGUGCAGAACAGCAAGAACGCCAAAGACAAGAACCUGAAGCGCCACUCGCUUAUAAAUGUGUUGCCAUGGAAGCGGAUUGUGGCGGUGUCAGCCAAGAAGAAGAGCUCCAAGAAAGUGCAACCCAAUGGCACUUACCAGAACAACGUGUCCCACCUGAACAAUGAGAACCUGAAGAAGUCGCAGUCCUGCGCUAAUCUGUCCAGCUUCACCCAAGAUCAGAGCAGCCCAGCUCUCAGCAAGGGCUCCAACAACACAUCCUCAGUCAAGAAGGCCCCCCUAACUAACUCCAAUGUGGCCCCAGGGACCCCUAAGAGGGUUAUUGUCCAGGCCUCCACCAGCGAACUGUUGCGCUGCCUCGGGGAGUUCCUGUGCAGGCGCUGCUACCGGCUGAAGCAUCUCUCUCCCACCGACCCGGUGCUUUGGCUGCGCAGUGUCGAUCGCUCCCUGUUGCUGCAAGGCUGGCAGGACCAGGGCUUCAUCACUCCUGCCAACGUGGUCUUUGUCUACAUGCUGUGCCGUGAUGUGGUCUCCUCUGAGGUCGCCACAGAGCAUGAGCUGCAGGCUGUGCUCCUCACCUGCCUCUACCUGUCCUACUCCUACAUGGGGAACGAGAUCUCCUACCCGCUUAAGCCUUUUCUGGUGGAGAGCUCCAAGGAGACUUUCUGGGACCGCUGCCUCUCCAUCAUCAACCUGAUGAGCGCCAAGAUGCUCCAGAUCAACUCUGACCCCCACUAUUUCACUCAGGUGUUUGCCGACCUGAAGAACGAGAGCCAGAAGGAGGAGGAGAGGAGCCGCCUGCUCAUCGGCCUGGACCGGUGAGGGGAUGCCGGGGGGGGAGAAGGUUUUAGGGAACAAUGGGGAGGGGGGGUAAACUCUCAUCUGGCAUUUUGACACCUUUUCAAGAUGAUCAGUGAUGCUAUUUAUUCACUUCUGUCCAAACUGCUGAUAAGCCAGGAUACUGCAGAGUGUUUCAUAUUUGUAUAAACUAGUUUUGACAUUUUAUCCAGUAUUUGCAUAUAUUGAAAGGAUAACAAUGCUCCCAGGGCACUGGGCUUUUUGCUUGUAAAUGUCAGGGCAAGAUUCUAUUUUCAAACUUGCUAAGGAUGUAAACCCAAGAAUGAAUGCUUUUUAAAAAAAACUAAUAUACAGGAUUGUGAACAAAUGAUUCCUGGAUUCUUUACAUUUUGCUUUCUUGUAAUCUUUCAGUCUUUCGCAGACUUUCUCAGAGUAAGAAAAGGACACUUUUUGGCCUACAUGCAAAAUAUGGUUGAACUUCAACACUACGUAUCAGGCUGAUGGGUGAUUUUAGGUUGAGUUGAGCUUCACCUUCCACCAGGAACACCUAGAGAUAAUGCUGAGAUUUCAUCCACACUGAAUAUAUUUUAAUAUCUGUUUUUAGCAAAACACCAGUCCAAUGGGGAGUGUUGGUGUAGUGCAGGGGUGGGCGAUUCCAGUUCCUGAGGGCCGGUAUCCUGCCACUUUUAGAUGUGCCUUUGGUUCAAAGAACCUGAAUCAAGUCAUUAGAUGAUUGAGAGAACCCUGGAGGAACUGACUUCCUACUGAGGAGGUAACUCAACCAUUUGAUUCAGGUGUGAUGGACCAAGGAUGGAUCAAAAAG